CUUUGCAGACGCCGCUACUGGGAGACCUCGUCUGGGUUCCCUCCGCCGGACGCCGAUCCCUGCCGCCUAUUCCUCUGCCGUCGCGCCCAGCCUAGGCAUCUGUGGCCAUGGCCAACCCCAGCGUGUACUUCGACAUCGCCGUCGAUAACGAGCCCCUGGGCCGGAUUACUUUCGAGCUCUUUGCAGACAAGGUUCCAAAGACAGCAGAAAACUUCCGUGCUCUGAGCACUGGAGAGAAGGGAUUUGGUUACAAGGGAUCCUGCUUCCACAGAAUCAUUCCUGGGUUCAUGUGCCAGGGUGGUGACUUCACACGCCAUAAUGGCACUGGUGGCAAGUCCAUCUAUGGGGAGAAAUUUGCUGAUGAGAACUUCAUCCUGAAGCAUACUGGUCCUGGCAUCUUGUCCAUGGCAAAUGCUGGACCCAACACAAAUGGCUCCCAGUUUUUCAUCUGUACUGCUAAGACUGAUUGGUUGGAUGGCAAGCAUGUGGUCUUUGGCCAAGUGAAAGAAGGCAUGAACAUUGUGGAAGCCAUGGAGCGUUUCGGUUCUCGGGAUGGCAAGACCAGCAAGAAGAUCACUAUCGCUGACUGUGGACAACUCUCAUAAGAUUUUUUGUUUUGUUUUUUGUCUUAACCAUCAAACCAUUCCUGUAGCUGGAGAGAGCACCUCCAAACCCCAUCUGCUCUUAUACCCUGUAAUCCUUGUGCUCUCACUUGCUGCAAUUCUCUUUGGAUUUCAUUUUCCUUUUUCCUUCCACAAGUCUGGCUAGACAACAGAGUUAAGUUUAUGAUUAUGAAAUAAAAACUAAACUUCACCUAGAGUCUCCUCUUUCUGAGUUGGGGGAACGGGCAGAUAAGUGUAGGUGAGCAACGGUAUUUUAAUAAGCUUUUAUUAAUAACAUUUCCCAAUUUUACUUAAGAUUUCUUAAUUGUGGGAAGAAGUGAGCUUAGAAUUCAACUUUUUAGUGCUUUUACAUAGAGUUGUUGCUCCUUGGUUUGGGGGCAGGGUGUAAGGGAAAGCAAAUGUGUUUCAUCUAGCCCCUUUGCUGCAUGUCAAUACCUACAUCUUUAGUGGCGUAUUUUUACUAAUAACCAAAACAAAUGUUGAAAAUGAUGGUUACAAUUUGAAUGUAGCGGCAGCUGCUUAGUAGCGUUUAGGGAGUUCUAGGGGAAUGUGACUGGAAACCACAGUCCCCUGUGAAGAUAGGUUUAAAAGAUGGACCUCUCUCCCAGGUUCCAGAAGUAACAUCCAAGGUGGCACUGGUACGUUCCUUGUACCAGAUGUUACUGGAUUUAUCUUUAAACACUAGUAACCUAUAUGUAUGUGUGUAUAUAUAUUCAGAACAGAUAAAAAAAGUUGUACCUGUUUGAUUCUUUAAUGACAUUAAAAUGAAAAGUACUGUA